CCCGGCGGCGUGAGCGUCCCGGCUCGAGCGGCCGGAGAGGACGGAGCGGCGGUCGCGCUGAGCGGGAUGCUGGCACGUGUGUCCUGGUCCCCGACGCCCUUCUGCGGGCCUAGCCAGCCGAGCCGUCCCGCGGCGGGACAGCGGGGGAGCCUUCUCUCACAGAACUGCAGGCGUCCUCGGUGAGUUGUGUCAUGGUUAUUUAAGGAACCUCACCUAGAAGUCCCCACACGCAGCCCCCCAUCGCCGGGAAGGCGCGGACGCCGAGAUGAUCAUAAAGGAGUACCGCAUCCCCCUGCCCAUGACGGUGGAGGAGUACCGCAUCGCCCAGCUCUACAUGAUACAGAAGAAGAGCCGCAACGAGACGUAUGGCGAAGGCAGCGGCGUGGAGAUCCUGGAGAACCGGCCGUACACGGACGGCCCCGGCGGCUCCGGGCAGUACACACACAAGGUGUACCACGUGGGCAUGCACAUCCCCAGCUGGUUCCGCUCCAUCCUGCCCAAGGCGGCCCUGCGGGUGGUGGAGGAGUCCUGGAAUGCCUACCCCUACACGCGAACCAGGUUCACUUGCCCUUUCGUGGAGAAAUUCUCCAUCGACAUCGAAACCUUUUAUAAAACCGACGCAGGAGAAAACCCCAACGUGUUCAACCUGUCUCCCGUGGAAAAGAACCAGCUGACAAUUGACUUCAUCGACAUCGUCAAGGACCCCGUGCCCCCCAACGAAUAUAGGACAGAAGAAGACCCCAAGCUGUUCCACUCGACCAAGACCCAGCGGGGGCCCCUGUCUGACAACUGGAUCGAGGAGCACAAGCAGCGGGUGUCCCCCAUCAUGUGCGCCUACAAGCUGUGCAAGGUGGAGUUCCGCUACUGGGGCAUGCAGUCCAAGAUCGAGAGGUUCAUCCACGACACAGGCCUGCGGAAGGUGAUGGUCCGCGCGCACAGGCAGGCCUGGUGCUGGCAGGACGAGUGGUACGGGCUGAGCAUGGAGAACAUCCGGGAGCUGGAGAAGGAGGCGCAGCUCAUGCUGUCUCGGAAGAUGGCCCAGUUCAUCAAGGACGGCGAGGAGGCCGUGGAGCUGGUCAAGGGCGAUGCCGGCCAGGGCCAGGCGCCCGGGGAGCCCCCGCCGCCAGGCAGCGGCAGCGAGCCCCUGGUCGGCCGGGGCCUGAAGAAGCAGUGGUCCACAUCCUCCAAGUCGUCGCGGUCGUCCAAGCGCGGAGCCAGCCCCUCCCGCCACAGCAUCUCCGAGUGGAGGAUGCAGAGCAUCGCGCGGGACUCGGACGAGAGCUCAGAUGACGAGUUCUUCGACGCGCACGAGGACCUGUCCGAUUCGGAGGAAAUGUUCCCCAAGGACAUCACCAAGUGGAACUCCAAUGACCUCAUGGACAAAAUCGAAAGCCCUGAGCCGGAGGACACGCAAGAUGGCCUGUACCGCCAGAGCACCCCCGAGUUCAGGGUGGCCUCCAGCGUGGAGCAGCUGAACAUCAUCGAGGACGAGGUCAGCCCGCCGCUGGCCACGCCGCCCUCCAAGGUCCACGUGCUGCUGCUGGUGCUGCACGGAGGCACCAUCCUGGACACGGGUGCCGGGGACCCCAGCUCCAAGCGGGGCGACGCCCACACCAUCGCCACCGUGUUCGACACUGUCAUGCGCGUGCACUACCCCAGCGCCCUGGGCCGCCUCGCCGUCCGCCUGGUGCCCUGCCCGCCCGUCUGCGCCGAUGCCUUCGCCCUGGUCUCCAACCUCAGCCCCUACAGCCACGACGAAGGCUGCCUGUCCAGCAGCCAGGACCACAUCCCGCUGGCCGCCCUGCCCCUGCUGGCCACCUCCUCGCCACAGUACCAGGAGGCGGUUGCCACGGUGAUCCAGCGGGCCAACCUCGCCUAUGGGGACUUCAUCAAGUCCCAGGAGGGUGUGACCUUCAAUGGGCAGGUCUGCCUGAUCGGGGACUGCGUCGGGGGCAUCCUGGCCUUUGACGCCUUGUGCUGCAGCAGCCAGCCGGUGUCGGAGAGUCAGAGCAGCAGCCGCAGGGGCAGCGUGGCCAGCGUGCAGGACACUGACCUGCUGUCCCCGGGCACCCUGGUGAAUUCGUCGCAUGGCGGCGGCGGCGGCGGCAGUGGCGGCGGCAGCAGCAGCCUGGAGAACAGCAGGCACCUGAGCCGCAGCAACAUUGACAUCCCCCGUAGCAACGGCACCGAGGACCCCAAGAGGCAGCUGCCCCGCAAGCGGAGUGACACGUCCACCUACGAGCUGGACACCAUCCAGCAGCACCAGGCCUUCCUGUCCAGCCUCCACGCGAGCGUGCUGAGGCUCGAGCCCGGCUCCCGCCGCUCCAGCAGCUCCACCGUGCUGGAUGGCGCGGGGGCCCUGGGCAAGUUCGACUUCGAGAUCGCUGACCUCUUCCUCUUCGGAUGCCCACUGGGGCUGGUCCUGGCCUUGAGGAAGACUGUCAUCCCCACCCUGGACGUUUUCCAGCUGCGGCCGGCCUGCCAGCAAGUCUACAACCUGUUUCACCCCGCGGACCCGUCGGCCUCGCGCCUGGAGCCUCUGCUGGAACGGCGAUUCCACGCCCUGCCGCCCUUGAGCAUCCCCCGCUACCAGCGCUACCCGCUGGGCGACGGCUGCUCCACAUUGCUGGUCGAGACCGUGCAGAGAAGCCCCGAGCUGGUCCUGGAGGGCGGCCCCCUGGCCCCUCUCCCUCCCGGGGAUGGCUUCCUGGAAACCAGCAUCCCAGUUCCCGCGCUCACCUGGCAGGAUGGGCCCGGGCCCAGCCCGGGCUGUGCUGAGUCGGAGGCCCUCCAGACCCAUAACACGGUCUUCCAAGAGCAUGUGGCCCCCUCCUCGCCUGGCGCGGCCCCCGCCACCCGAGGCUUCCGUCGAGCCAGCGAGAUCAGCAUCGCUAGCCAGGUGUCCGGCAUGGCUGAGAGUUACACCGCGUCCAGCAUUGCCCAAAAGUCCCCGUCGGCGCUCAGCCAUACCCCCAGCGUCAGGCGCCUGUCCCUGCUCGCCCUGCCCUCCCCACACCCCUCCACCCCGGGCCCCCGCCCCCUGGCCAGGCGGGCGUACCCCUGUCUCCCCGAUUUGGACGUCGGAGAAGUUGCUGCAAAGUGGUGGGGCCAGAAGCGGAUAGACUACGCCCUGUACUGCCCCGACGCCCUGACCGCCUUCCCCACGGUGGCCCUGCCACACCUCUUCCACGCCAGCUACUGGGAGUCAACGGAUGUGGUCUCCUUCCUGCUGAGACAGGUCAUGAGGCACGACAGCUCCAGCAUCUUGGAGCUCGACGGCAAGGAGGUCUCGGUGUUCACCCCCUCGAAGCCGAGAGAGAAGUGGCAGCGCAAGAGGACGCAUGUGAAGCUGCGGAACGUGACAGCCAACCAUCGGAUCAAUGAUGCGGUUGCCAACGAGGAUGGCCCGCAGGUUCUGACGGGCCGGUUCAUGUACGGGCCCCUGGACAUGGUCACCCUAACUGGGGAGAAGGUGGACGUGCACAUCAUGAUGCAGCCGCCCUCCGGCGAGUGGCUGUACAUGGACACGCUGGUGACCAACAGCAGUGGGCGCGUCUCCUAUACCAUCCCCGAGACGCACCGCCUGGGCGUGGGUGUCUACCCCGUCAAGAUGGUGGUCAGGGGAGACCACACCUUUGCCGACAGCUACAUCACCGUGCUGCCCAAGGGCACAGAGUUCGUGGUCUUCAGUAUCGAUGGCUCCUUUGCCGCCAGUGUGUCCAUCAUGGGCAGUGACCCCAAAGUGCGGGCGGGAGCCGUGGAUGUGGUGCGGCACUGGCAGGACCUGGGCUACCUCAUCAUCUACGUGACGGGCCGGCCUGACAUGCAGAAGCAGCGGGUGGUGGCGUGGCUGGCCCAGCACAACUUCCCCCACGGCGUGGUGUCCUUCUGCGACGGCCUGGUGCACGACCCGCUGCGGCACAAAGCCAACUUCCUGAAGCUGCUCAUCUCCGAGCUGCACCUGCGCGCCCACGCAGCUUAUGGCUCCACCAAGGAUGUGGCGGUCUACAGCUCCAUCAGCCUGUCCCCCAUGCAAAUCUACAUCGUGGGCCGGCCCACCAAGAAGCUCCAGCAGCAGUGCCAGUUCAUCACCGACGGCUACGCGGCCCACCUGGCCCAGCUCAAGUACAACCACCGGGCGCGGCCGGCCCGCAACACGGCCACCCGCAUGGCGCUGCGCAAGGGCAGCUUCGGCCUGCCCGGCCAGAGCGAUUUCCUGCGCUCCCGGAACCACCUGCUGCGGACCAUCUCGGCCCAGCCCAGCGGGCCCGGCCUCAGGCAUGAGCGGACGCAGAGCCAGCCGGACAGCGAGCAGCGCGGCCAGCGCAGCAUGAGCGUGGCUGCCGGCUGCUGGGGCCGGACCAUGGCUGGCCGGCUCGAGCCAGGGUCAGCCUCGGGCCCCAAGUAGGGCAUCCUCGGUGAGGCACUGUGGUCUCCAUGGUGCUAGGCCAGGCGGCCAGCCUGCCAGGAGGCCUGGCCUGGGCACAUGCCAUCGGCUGGGAACAAACUUGUCCCAGGGCGCAGCAGAGGACACCGGCUGUGCCACACACAGCCCUUCUGGCCCUGCCUCACGUCCUAGGGCCUGGAAGGCUUCCGGCUUGUCAUCAAAGCUGGCAAGACAACCAGCCUCAGGAUGACAGAGGGACCAGGACCCCCGACGUGGAUGGGCCUUGGCGGUACUCGUGGCCAGCUGCCUUGUGUUGACCUCGCAGCAUCCUCAUGCCAGGCCUGGGCCCAGCCAGCCACCCCCCUGGCCACUAGCUUGACACCUCUGUCCCCUCUCACUUGGUAGCAGCUCCAGCGGGGGACAGCCUGCUUCUUGGGAGCUCAACUUCCUCAACUCUCCAACCUCACUGGUUUUGCACUGAUUUUUGAGAGCAGAGACCCGUCACUCUCUCCUGUGGCUGCAGACCAUUCACAUGCACGGAAAGCUGGCCUUUGCCGCCCGGGACCGGUCGCCUCGCAGAGGCUCGGGGGCGGCAAAGCCCUGUGCGCACAAGAGAAAGGCCACAUCCUACUUCUGCAGCUGCGCCUGACCAUAGCAGCCCCAGACCCCUGCCCACCUGCCCCGGCUGGAGCCCAGGGAGGCUAUGGGCCUGGCGUGGCCGCCGGCUCUGGGCACAGCCCAGGCGGUGAGGCCGGUGAAGACCGGGGCCAGCUCCCGAGAAGCCCUGCCUCGGCCUGCGGGGCCCGGCCCUGCUUCCACUCCUUGCCUGCCAUCAGUCAAGGCCCCAAGCCUUGGCCCUCCCGCAUUUCUACACCUUUCUACUUCUCCGAUAGUCUGAUUUCUACAAGGUUUUUUUAAAUGAGCAAUCCUCGGCUGCUUCCUUUUCUUAACUCUUUCAGUACCAAGCGCAGCCCCUCCCCAUGGCAACCACCCAGCACUGUGACGGAGUCCAGCCUGGUUCUGGGUCCGGCCUCCUGCCCGCGCAGUGGGGUGUGGGCCCCCUGCCUCACCUGGCCCGUUAAUUCCACUGAAUUUCUACUCUGGGGCGGGUGGGGCACACACUUCAGUUUUUUAAAUGCCAAUCCCAUUCCGAUGCCCAGUCUAAGAAGCCGCAACUCCCAUUGUUAGCUCUUAAGGACAGGCAGCCAUGGCUCUCUGUCCUCCCUGGUCAAGCCAAGCUGUCCUGGUCACUGGGUCUGCGUGUCAGCCCUCGCUCCCCAGAACCGACUCCAGGCUCAGCUGUGGCACACGGCUCGCGGGGGCCCCUCUUUGGCUCCUCCGCUUGCCUCGAGGCGGGGAGCCCGCCUGGGAUCGGCCAGCCAGUCAGCCACAGGCUCCCCGUCUGAGAAGCUGAUGCCGACGUGGAUACGGCUUCGGGGCCACACGGGGUGGGAUGGGAGCGCGCUGAUGGAUGUGAACAUUUUCCCGUGUGUAGAUAUGUACAGCCAAAGGGUUGUGUAAAUGUUCUGCAAAAGUGGGUCUAUACAGAGUGAAAGCUAUUUAUUUUGUGCAGAGAAAAACGUCUGGAGGGAUGGGACCUUCAGGGUUUAUUCAUAUUUAAGAUGUAGCUUUUUGUUGUUGUUUCAGGCGUUAUGUAUAAAGCAACGAUUAUUUUACGGACCGAGUUUUAAUGUAACUGUUGCAGUGAAAGUGCAAUACCUGACCCCUCUGCUCCCCAGUGGGAAAUCGCUCGGCCGACAAUCACGCCCCACCAGGGGCCCCCGGCUAGUGCCUCCUCCUCUCUCGGCCCCGCCUCACCCCAUCUGGCCCACCGCCUGGAUGACCGGCCAUCUGGAGAAACACCUGGAAGAGUCUCGGGCCCGCCCGCAAUAAAGGCUGAGGCGCCCUGGCCAGGGGAGGCCAUGUGGGCAGCGGGCAGCCCCCCACAGCUCCGCGCCCCGCCUUCCCGCCCAGCCGCCAGCCACGCCAAGGACAACAGCAAUAGCCCCGGGGCCUCUCCCAGCGGCCCUUAGCCAUAGGUGGUGAGAGGGGCAGCCCACCCUCCCUGUCGAUGUCUCUUCUGUAUCCAGGUCUGCUUCCUGCCUCCCUCAAGAUUCCUUUUGGCACAGUCUCCUCCUGAGGAAGCAGCAGUUUUCCAGAAACUGAGAGAGGGAGGACAGAGCCCUUUAAAACUACCAACAAUGUUUACAGCGUUGGGUGCUGAGCUGCAGCGCUCGGGCCUGACCGGUCGCUACCAAAGGGUGGGGCGGGCCUUGCUGGCUGCCACCCGCCAGGCCCGGUAGAGUAGAAGCCUUAGUCCCGCCCCCGCGCCCAGGACUGCGCCUCAGCCCGCCCCCCACGCCUGGCCACCUGCCUUCUCUCAUUUCUCAAGAGGGUUCAGCAGAGACCCCACGCCCUGCCCAGCUCGACCCGAGCUGCCCACCGCCCGCCACGUCGGUCUUUGCGUCAGCCCCCUCCUGUCUAUCUGUCCAGCUGUGUGUGAGCUGUCCUGACGUGCCCCGCCCGCCCUUGCU